CUUACGACCCUGUCAUAAUCGUUUGUAUGUGUAUUUCAAAUGACGAGUCUCAUUCUGAAUCCGAUGUUCUCCAUCAUGUCAGUAUUUAUAAUUUUGCUUUGGUGGAUAUUGCGUAGUGACGGUGCGCGAAUUUUGGCAAUCAUUCCAACGCCGUCGUUCAGCCACAACACUGCGCUUCAGCCACUAUGGAGGGAGCUAUCCUUGCGAGGGCAUAGCGUGACCUUACUGACUGCGGAACCAAUCGGCGACCCCCAGCUCGUGAACCUAACCGAGGUGGACUUGAGUUUCUCCUACAAAACCAUGUUGAAGAAUCUCCAAGAGAAGAUUUACACAAACCGCUUGGAAAUGUACAAGUUUGGAUACCUACGGCACGCGGAGGUUUGCGACGAGCAACUGGGCCAUCCCGCGCUGCAGGCGAUUAUCAGGAACGAGAGUGAAUGGUUCGACUUGCUGAUAACCGAAUCAUCUCGUCUGCCUGUUCUCGCCUUUGCGCAUCGUUUCCGUUGUCCAUCCAUAGGGGUAACCGUUCUCGAUGUUUACCCCACGAUGCACUCACUACUAGGUGAUCCCACCCAUCCCCUAGUUUAUCCCGAUAUCUGGUUGGGUUUGGGAGACUGCACGUCAAUAGUCGGUCGAAUUAGGUGCGUUCUCUACGAUUUAGGAACCUCCCUCCUGCAAACGAGGGUCUUGUUCCCUCUCUAUGACCAGAUGAUAGAAAAGCACUUCGGAGAAGGUUAUCCUCCAAUUGGAGAGUUGGUUAAAGGGAUUAGUAUUCAGUUUGUGAACACGGAUCCCGUCCUUCACAAAGUUCGCCCGCUUGUUCCGGGUGUUAUCCAAGUCGGUGGUACUCUGCAUCGCCUAUCCCGCGAUCCGUUGCGUCAAGAUCUGCGAUCGGUAUUGGACAAAGCAACCAACGGUUUCAUAUAUUUUAGUCUGGGUUCGUACGCCAAAAGCAGCUCGUUACCACCUAAGGUGCUGGAAGUUAUCCUCGAAACCUUCGCCGAGAUUCGCUACACUGUACUGUGGAAGUUUGAAGAUGUGCUCAAUAAAACCGAGAACGUCAUAACGUUAAAAUGGGUGCCGCAGGUGGAUGUCUUAGGUCAUCCGAACAUCAAGCUCUUCAUCACUCACGGAGGCUUGCAAUCCAUCAACGAGGCCAUUCACUUCGGAGUGCCAAUGGUCGGUAUGCCAAUUUUCGCCGACCAGCAGCAGAACGUCCAUCUAAUUGUAUCUAGAGGCUGCGGCUUAUCGGCGAACUACAGAAACUUAGACAGGGCCGGUUUCGAAAAGACCAUCAACGAGGUCAUAGACAACUCAAGGUACGCCACCGCAAUCAAAACGCUGAGAGACCGUGUUAGGGAUCAGCCAAUGACAGGGUUGGAGCGAGCUGUUUGGUGGACGGAGUAUGUGUUGAGACAUAAGGGCGCGGGUCAUCUGAAAAGUGGGGCCGUAGAUGUCGCUUUCUAUCAAUAUUAUCUACUGGAUGUUUUAACUAUAGUAAUUGCACUGUUUACAUUGAUUAUUUUUGGUUUUUAUUUUGUACUGGCGUCUUUUUUCAGGAUUAUUCGUUUAUCGUGUUAUUUUUUGUGUAAAAACUAACAAUGAUAUCAGUGAUUGUUGUGACGCUCGAUCCAAAACUUGGUUUUACAUGUCGAUGCAAAACUUGUAUUUUUUAUUUUAUUUUGUGGUCACUUACUAAAUGCUCUAAGAGCAUAGUUUUAGGUUCGUACAGUCACGAGUCAGUAGUGAUCUUUACGAAAUUUCACACGAUUGCACAAAAUUACGCAAUCCGUCGGGAAACGAAAAUGUGAUUGGAAAUAAGUUACCUGCGCACAUAUGGCCGCAGGCGUGCAUCUGAAUUUCGUGGUCUUUUUUAGUCCUCUCUCCUAAGCUCGAGGUCGAAGAGCUCGGUUUAACACGUACGUUAUUCACGAUUAGUAUCUCACAGCGUAUUGUCUCGAGGCUUCUGCGUAAUUGCUCACGGUUUUCUUCGAACGAGCCCAUUGCUACCACUUUAACUUUUUGAAUCUACGCCCAUCGACCAUUUUAAUCUGUUCAGUAGUAAUCAUUUCUUUUAGCCAAUGAUAUUCCAGAAACCUAAAAUGCCAGAUACGUAGAUUGGCGGUAAACGAGAACUAUAGGAACGACAAGAACGAAUCCACAAAGAAGAACGACACAAACCACAUGGACGACACAGAAAAAAAGAAGGGCGAGACUGUAAGGAAACGAAUGACAAGAACAACAACAAAGAUUUCAUUCUCUUAAACACGUCUUGAAAACGCUUUGUGUUGUUUUGUUAAUAUCCGAGGGGAAAAGGAUACUUAAGAUAGAGAAUGGUAUUUUGGAUUUGUUAUUUUUUGUACUUUGUACUGCUAUAUCUUUAUAGUGUUUUGCCAAGUAAAUAUUUAUAAAAAAUGAA